GGUAAACAACAAGGUAGAUGAAAGGGUGGACAAAAGGGUGAACAAAAGGGUAGACGAAAGGAUAAAUGAAAGAAUGGAUGAAGAGAUGCGCAAAAGAAUAAAUGAACGAGUAAACGAAAAAGUUGAAAUAAUGAAUGAAGAGAUAGAUGAAACGAUGAAUGAAGAGAUGGAUGAAACGGUGAAUGAAGGGAUGGAUGAAAUGGCAAAUGAAGGGGUAGAUGAAAUGAUGAAUGAAGAGAUGGAAUUACCUGCAAGUGAAACCAAUGAAAGUUUAUCAACAAUGAGAAAUGCAUCUGAAAUUCGG